CUUCGCCAGCGAUCCGCUUCAUGUCGCGCCCGGCCAGCGCGAAGCUGGGAGCCAGGAGCGUCUCCACUUCGAAGCGCGAGGCUCCGAAGCUGGAGCAGACGGAGGGCCCUGACCUGCGCGCCGGCAGCUCGGUGGAGCGGUUCCAGGUGGACUGCGCGCGCCUGGAGGAGGAGCUGCGCGUGGUGCGCAAGGAGCUGGCCAAAGUGCAGGGAGAGUAUGCGGACGUGCUAGAAGGCGAGCAGGCCUCCCACUUCGAGUGGCUGGCCAGCUGGCACCAGAAGCUCCUGGCGGCCAUGGGGGCGCCGAACGCAGGCGAUGGCUUCCCAGACUUCACAGGCUUCAAGAAGCUGGCGCUCAGGGCGACACAGGACGUAGUGGAGGCCAAGGCGGAGGCGCUGGACCAGGCGAGGGCUGUGCGGCUCCAGCAGCGCACCCAGCGCCUCCAGGAUGAGGUGGCUGCGCGACGGAAGGAGCUGGCAGAGAUCCAGGCCUGCAGAAGAGCCAGUGCCGAGGAGUUGAAGCGCAGCAGACGCGCGCGGGAGAAGGUGAAGCCGCCGGAGGGCCCCAGCACGUCCACGACCAGCGCGUCCACGGCGCAGCGGGUGGCGGAGUUGAAGCUCCGCCACGGCGGCGCCGCCGCGCAUUGCGCGGAUCUCCGGAGGCAGCUCAAGGAACUGCGGGCGGCGGCGCGGCCCAUGUUCUCCCACGUGUACAAGAUCCGCAUGGAGCGCUUGAAGGCCGAGCUGGCGCAGCAGAAGCAGCACCAGCUUCAGGAGGCUGAGGAGGCGAUGCUGCGCGAAGAGACGCGGCAGCGGGCAGCGAUGGACGCGCAGCUGGCGGCGCGGCGGCGCAAGCUGCAGGAGCUGCGUGCGGCCGCCACACAGGAGGCCUCACGUGAAGCCAAGGACCGCAAGAUGCAGGUGGAUGCUCCAGAUGCCGGAGACAAUACGUUUCCUCCAAGCAUUCCUGAGCAGAUGUCUCUCGAAAAGCAAGAGGCAAAGGAGGUGCAAGGUAUGCAGAGAGCCGAGGCAGCAGCAACAUCAGAUGCAGCAGACGAAGCAGAUGCAGAAGAUGCAGACAACGCGGCUGGCACAGACAAGGACAAAGAGGAGGAGACGGGAGAACGGGCAGCCAGGCCAGAAGACGAGGAUGAGGCAGUGCACGAGAAAGAUGUAGCCGCAAGAUCUACUGGUGAGCACGUUCAGUCAGCAGAAGCAGCUGACAUGGUUGCUUUCAGCCUUGCAGAACAUGUGACAGGAAUGAAGGUGGAUGCUCCAGAUGCCGGAGAUAAUACGCUUCCUCCAAGCAUUCCUGAGCAGCUGUCUCUCGAAAAGCAAGAGGCAAAGGAGGUGCAAGGUAUGCAGAGAGCUGAGGCAGCAGCAACAUCAGAUGCAGCAGACGCAGCAGAUGCAGAAGAUGCAGACAACGCGGCUGGCACAGACAAGGACAAAGAGGAGGAGACGGGAGAACGGGCAGCCAGGCCAAAAGACGAGGAUGAGGCAGUGCACGAGAAAGAUGUAGCCGCAAGAUCUACUGGUGAGCACGUUCAGUCAGCAGAAGCAGCUGACAUGGUUGCUUUCAGCCUUGCAGAACAUGUGACAGGAAUGAGGGUGGAUGCUCCAGAUGCCGGAGACAAUACGUUUCCUCCAAGCAUUCCUGAGCAGCUGUCUCUCGAAAAGCAAGAGGCAAAGGAGGUGCAAGGUAUGCAGAGAGCCGAGGCAGCAGCAACAUCAGAUGCAGCAGACGCAGCAGAUGCAGAAGAUGCAGAUGACGCGGCAGGCACAGACAAGGACAAAGAGGAGGAGACUGGAGGAAGGGCAGCCAGGCCAAAAGACGAGGAUGAGGCAGUGCACGAGGAAGAUGUAGCCGCAAGAUCUACUGGUGAGCACGUUCAGUCAGCAGAAGCAGCUGACAUGGUUGCUUUCAGCCUUGCAGAACAUGUGACAGGAAUGAAGGUGGAUGCUCCAGAUGCCGGAGACAAUACGCUUCCUCCAAGCAUUCCUGAGCAGCUGUCUCUCGAAAAGCAAGAGGCAAAGGAGGUGCAAGGUAUGCAGAGAGCCGAGGCAGCAGCAACAUCAGAUGCAGCAGACGAAGCAGAUGCAGAAGAUGCAGACAACGCGGCUGGCACAGACAAGCGCAAAGAGGAGGAGACGGGAGAAAGGGCAGCCAAGCCAAAAGACGAGGAAGAGGCAGUGCACGAGGAAGAUGUAGCCGCAAGAUCUACUGGUGAGCACGUUCAGUCAGCAGAAGCAGCUGACAUGGUUGCUUUCAGCCGUGCAGAACAUGCGACAGGAAUGAAGGUGGAUGCCGGAGACAAUACGUUUCCUCCAAGCAUUCCUGAGCAGCUGUCUCUCGAAAAGCAAGAGGCAAAGGAGGUGCAAGGUAUGCAGAGAGCCGAGGCAGCAGCAACAUCAGAUGCAGCAGACGCAGCGGAUGCAGAAGAUGCAGAUGACGCGGCAGGCACAGACAAGGACAAAGAGGAGGAGACGGGAGAACGGGCAGCCAGGCCAAAAGACGAGGAUGAGGCAGUGCACGAGAAAGAUGUAGCCGCAAGAUCUACUGGUGAGCACGUUCAGUCAGCAGAAGCAGCUGACAUGGUUGCUUAUGGCCUUGCAGAACAUGCGACAGGAAUGAAGGUGGAUGCUCCAGAUGCCGGAGACAAUACGUUUCCUCCAAGCAUUCCUGAGCAGCUGUCUCUCGAAAAGCAAGAGGCAAAGGAGGUGCAAGGUAUGCAGAGAGCCGAGGCAGCAGCAACAUCAGAUGCAGCAGACGCAGCAGAUGCAGAAGAUGCAGAUGACGCGGCAGGCACAGACAAGGACAAAGAGGAGGAGACUGGAGGAAGGGCAGCCAGGCCAAAAGACGAGGAUGAGGCAGUGCACGAGGAAGAUGUAGCCGCAAGAACCAGCGAGGAGAACGUUCAGUCAGCAGAAGCAGCUGAAAUGGUUGCUUUCAGCCUUGCAGAACAUGUGACAGGGAUAAAGUUGGCUGAUAUCUCAUCUGCAAGCUUACCGCAGAAGCCAGCAGACAUGUCCCAGGAGCUGCCAGCUGCAAGAUUGCAAGACCAGCCAGCGGACAUGGCCGAUGAUGAGUCAGUUGCAAGCAUGCAGGAUCGGCCAGCGGACAUGGCAAAUGACAUGUCAGGUGCAAGCCUGCACGAGACGCCAGCUGAUGUGGCCGAUGAUCACUUAAUUACAAGCAUUCCGGAGAAGCCAGCAGACAUGGCUGACGAUGAGUCUAUCGCAAGCCAGCAGGACAAGCUGGCGGUCAUGACCGAGGAUCGACCUGCUGCACAAGUGCAGCACCAGCCAGCGGACAUGACUGAUGACCAAUCAAUUGCAAGCUUGCAGGAGAAGCCGUCAGACAUGGACGAGGAUGAGUCGGUUACAAGCAUGCAAGAGAAGCUAUCGGACAUGGCCGAGGAUGAGUCAGUUGUAAGCACUACGGAGAAGCCAGCAGACAUGAAUGAGGAUCAGUCAGCUGCAAGCUUUCAGAGGCCCGCAGACAUGGCCGAGGCUCAAAGCGGCCCCAGCUCUGCUCGCCAGCAUCCAUCCACCCUGCCGAAACGGGUCAUGAGAUACAGAGAUUCUAGCAGCUCAGAGGAGAGCGAGAUGGAAAGCCCGGCCGAUCAGUCAGCUGGCAAGCCACCAGAUGCUGAGAAGGAGGAGCCACCAGAUGCCACAGGCGCUGAGUCUGUGGGCAUCAGGGCAAAAAACCCAAAUCCAGAAGUCAAGCAUCUGAAGGUUGCCAGGAUGGACGCCCGAGCUGAGGAUGCCGAGCUGCCGGAGUUCCUGUCGGCCACGUGGCAGGACGUGGAGGGCUCUCUGGUGCUCUCUGAGAGCGCCAGCCCGGCACGACGGAAGGGUGUGCUGGCAGACUCGGAAGACUUGGACGUGCAAAACAAUCCAAAGCCUCGGAAGCCUUAGUCCGGACACCUCGCACAGUAUUGCAGGGUAGAUCGGCAGCUCCUCCCGGUGUCCGGACGAGCCAAGAUGUCGCGACCUUGAAGGAGAAGGUGUUGCCGACGGGUGGCAGAUGGGCAGAUGGCGAUGAUGGCUACAGCAGUCCUCUUUGCACUACGUGAGCGGAACUCGAACCACGCAGUCGGUGUCGCGAAGGUCUUCCUGAGAGCAGAGCCAAGAAUUCGGUCGUUUGAUCGUGCAAGAUGAAUUCAGUGCCCCAAGAAUCGAAUAAACA